AAUGUCACACUCCUGUUCAGACAGAGAAUGUCACUUCUUUCUUGGGACAGCAGUGUGUGAGAUUCUUCAUGUACCCCGCAGAACGAUGCGCCCACUUCUGUAUGCAGAUCUCUCGUUGUGCUUGGCUUUGGUGGUCUGUGCUCAGAGUCCAGCAUGUCCUUCUCUGUGCACGUGUGUGCUCCAGGGUCGCAGUGAUACCAAAGGACUGAGAACUGUGCUCUGCAAGAACCCAGCCUUGACUGCCAUUCCAAUAGAUUUGCCAAAUGACACGGUGAAGUUUCGUCUGGAGCGCACCUCUGUUUCCAGGAUAUUUAGAGGAGCUUUCUCAGCCAUGCCAGAGCUGCUUUAUUUGUGGCUUACAUAUAACUCCAUCUCCGUCCUACACCCAAGAAGUUUCACAAACCUGUCCUCCCUACAUGAGUUACGACUGGACGGGAACCUGCUGUCCACCUUCCCCUGGGAAGGGCUCAGGGAUAUGCCCCGUCUGCGAACUCUUGGACUGCACAAUAACCGCCUGGCACGAAUACCACUCCUGGCUGUCCGCUACCUUAGAAAUGUGACUUACCUGGAUCUCUCGAGCAACAGGCUGAGCACUCUGGCCAAUGACCUGACGGCUCUCUGGCUGUUCAGUGACAGCAAUCAAACCCAGCGCUCCUUUGUUUUAGGUCUUCAAGACAAUCCCUGGGUCUGCGAUUGUCGGCUUUCCACCUUGCUUGACAUUAGUCGAGGCCCAGAAAGCUCUCUGGUCCUGCUGGACCGCUUCCUGACAUGUAGUGAACCUUUGGAUCUGGCUGGAGUUCCCUUUCAGAGUGUAGAGCUCAGCCGAUGCCGCAGGCCGUAUGUGGUGACGUCUGCCACAAAGAUCACCGCUCUGCUGGGCAGCACUGUCCUGCUCCGCUGUGAGGCCACAGGACACCCGACGCCAGCACUCAUGUGGAUCAAAUCUGCCAAACGCAACCUUUAUAAUCAAGGUUGUUGUAAGCAGACACAAAGCAGCCUGGAUACUGAAAGAUUUCCCAAAAAGCUUUUUGGCUAUGUGCAAGAGUCUCCUCGUGUGGGGGUCCGAUGGUCUGUGGUCAGUCUAAACGGGAUCUCCUAUAGUGAUGCAGGAGAGUAUCGGUGCAGAGCGCAAAACAUGGCAGGCAUUUCAGAGGCCGUCGUCAGUCUGAAUGUGGUCGGGGUAAUGGCCGAAUAUACAGACUUCAAAAACUCCGACCAACAGCAAACUACCACAAAAUCAGACUCUAAACGGACGAAACCCAAGCAGAAAUCUAAAGCGAUGAUGCCUCGAAAUAUGACCGGUUCACUUUCUCCUCUAAAGAGAGUCCUGAAAACCCCCAAAGCUGGCAGAGACAAAAUGAAAAGGGACAGGACAGCUGUACAGAAGCUGUCCCACAGACACUUUCUGACUGCUUCUGAUGAUUCACUCCUUCACUCUCACGCUGACAAACACCUCUUGUAUUGAUAUUAAUUCCAACCUGACCCGUCAAAUUACAACAUGUUUUGUUUAGGAAGUUACUUUUUUACCUGAAUGAAGGUAAAUGUUGUGUUCAUUUCAUCAGGUUUCUUAAAUGUAGUACUCAGCAACGAUCACAAGAUGGCACCUCUGAGCUAAAGAAGCUACACGACAAAAGCAGCGUACAGUACAGAACGUUUUUGAACGGUAUGUUUUGCCCCUUUUCAUAUUA